AUGGACUACCUGGAUAUUGAAUCCUUCCGUUCAAGGUACAGCGACAUAACCGUGACGGCCGUGCCCACUCGCUCCCAGGAGGAGGAGGAGCAGCAGCCGAUGGCCAUGGACCCGGAGAUAGCAGCCAAGCGAAAUGAGCCGCGGGUAGAGAUCACACGGGUUAACGGAGGUGCUCCUUCGGAACUCAGCUCCACGUCGAAUCUAGCGAUGCUGCAGCGCAACAGGCAGCAACAAAACGCCACUGCAUUUGCCUACGCCACUGAAUACAAGGAGGUGAUGGCCAAACUGGAGUACACCAAGUACAUGCAGAACCAGCUCCAGCUGAUGUCAAUGGCGAAUGGAGGAGGGAAUGCUGGUGGAGCUGGUAUUGAUGGUCUUUAUGGGAUGAUGCCAACAUCUAUAAGUCUGGAUGCCAAUGCCAACAUAGAGGAUAAGUACUCUGAUUUACUGAAUACCCUGGCCGAGAUGCGUUCCGAAUUGGCGCCAACGAUUAUGGGAUUGCGGGCGCCCAAGGACCGCCUUCAUCGGGACAUAGCCCAAGCCAGGUAUACGGUGAGGGAGUGCCUCCUGCUCCUGGAGAAGGAUUGCCAGCAGGAGAGCGAAGGUAGCCCCACCGGUGAGUGA